AUGGAGCGAGUGGUGCGGCAUCUGGUGUGUGUGGAUGUGGUGAGGGAAGACAUCAACAAGAGCGAAGCAUACGGGUCGAUCUCGUCUCUACUCCGGGUGAGCGACAGCAAGGCAGAGGCGAUAUUCUCAGGGAAGCUCCACCUCACACUCAGGAAAGGCACUACCGGUGCUGCCAAUGCGUCUACAGCUGGCAGCAUGGGAGGGGGAGGUGGUGUGGAAGCAGACGCAUGGGCUGAUGAGAUUGAUAAUGAUUAUGGUGCUGACGGUGAUGUGCUGUCAGGAGCCAUAUACAAGGCACUGCAUGCGUUGAGGCAGACGCUGGUGCAGGAGUCGGGAAAGAACCUUGCUCCCUACCACAUCUUCGGCAACGCACAGCUGGUGCUCAUCAGUCAGCGGCUGCCCCGCACUCUCGACGCGCUGCAGGAGAUUCCCGGCAUUGGCAGAGUGAAGGUCAACAAGUAUGGUGCCCGUGUGCUGGGGACUAUUGAGAGGCUUAUUGAGGAACACAAUAAAGGGGAUACCGGAGAAGCCAGCAACGGCCGUAUUAGCAAGCCUCCUGCAUUAUCUGCUGACCAACCUGUUGAUACGCAGAAUGCACCUGUCAACUCCUCCGCGGCCUUUCCACCCUCUACUAAUGUGCAUUCUGCACCAAAGGCGUCGGGAAACCCACAGUUUCUCUCCUCCGACUCAGCUACACUGAAAAGGAGCCUCUGGAGUGAAGCUUCUGGCAAUCCGGUGCUUCCUGGUGCCGAUGGUGAGGGGAAAAUGGCUGCUGGCAUUGGUGCUGCUGGCGUUGGUGCUGCUGACGGGGGGUACGCAGGAGGGCAUGUUAAAGUUGGUUCGCUGGGGCGAAGCGCCAAGAGAGCUCGAGCGAGUGAUGAAACCGGAGGGGAUUGUAUCGAGGUGGUUCAUGUUGAGGAUGUUGCAGGGGCUGGGGAGGAAUGGCGAAGUGGACGAGAGGUGUUUGGGGAUGGAGAAGGGAGGGCCAAGGGUAUUGUUGGCAAUGGAGUUGCAGUGAAUGGUGCGACAAUUGAGAUUGAUGACCAAACGGGAUCAGAUUCGUUGUUUUCCGAGUAUCUGCUGCCGUGCCGCGACGCAGCAGGCCUCUCCUCCCUCAUGGACCGCGGGGCUGUGUUUGGCGGGCGCUACCAUUCCCUGCACACUGCUGUGUGGACCGACGUGUGCGAUGAGGGCAGCGUGGACGUGGAGGGGAGUGGGGGCGAGGAGGGGAGUGUGGGUAACGAGGGGAGUGUGGGAGAGGGAGGGAGUGUGUGUGGUGUUGCUGGCAAAUCCUCUUCCUCUUCCUCUUCAUCCUCCUCCGCGACUCCCCUCUGCGUUCCCCCUGCCACGGCUGUCUGUGCCGGCACGUGGUGGGCAGUGGUGCUGCACCAGUCACUCACAGUCGUGCUCGAUGCGUCCACUGAGAACGCCCUUGCUGCCGCUGCCGCCGCCGCUGCCACCAAACCCGUCCCUUCCGCUCCUUCAAACCCAGCAGGUGCAGCAGCACAAGUGAAUGAAGCAGCACAGGAGGGGCUUGAUCUGAGCGAUGUGAUUCCGCUGCCGCCCGAUUGGAGCGUGGGUGCGCUGUUUGGGCGGCAGCUGACUAUUGGGAGGGACUCUAUAGUGGGGUGGGCGACUUUCCUCAAGAGCAAUGCAGUGUUUGGCCUAGAGGGGAAGUGGAGGGUGAGAGUGCAGGAGAGAGGUGGGGCUGUGUUGUCAAGGGGUUCGAGUGCAGAAGACACGGGGAGAACGGGGGCUGUGCAGCAAGUGGAAGCGGUGCUGCUGCAUCGUGACAUGCGCCGACAUCAAGUGCAUGGUUCUACCUCUGCCUCUAGCGCCGCCGCUGCUGCUGCUGCUGCUGCUGCUGCUGGCAAUGUUGCUGACUCAGCGUUGCAUGUAGGUGACGUGGCAGCGGUCAGCUCGGCAGGCAUUCACUGGAAGCGGCGGGUGUCAUGGCAGCGGCGGCCGGCGUUGUUUGUCCUUUCUCGGUUCACCACAGGCACAGGAGACGCCCUGGGCGGGCUGACCUUCCUCAUACAGAGAGCCGGAGGAGCAGGGUUUGAUGCACGAGAAUGUGAUACUAAAGGGGGAAAUGUCAAGAGGAGAUGUGCAAGAGAAGAAAAUGAUUCUUCCAACGCAGAGAGCCAGAACAGGGAGUGUGGAAGCGACACAGGGGGCGACACAGUGAGUGACACAGUGAGUGUGUUCCAGGCGGUGCCGUGGUGGCUGAAGCUGUACCUGCACACACUCUCUCUCUCCUUCGACCACCAGCCUGCCUUUCUGACUGUCUUUGAAACACCGCCUGAUGCCAGUAGGGGAGUCGACCUUCCCGCUGCCCUUCUUACUGUGCCCUCGGACCCACAGGGUCAGAGCCACAUGUAUGCGCCACCGGUGGUGGUGCCGGUACCGCUGCCGGACCUGAGCAUGCCCUACAAUGUCAUCACGCUCACCUGCACUCUGCUCGCCAUUGUGCUUGGUUCGCUAUUCAAUACGCUGCGCUAUCGCCCCUCUGCUGCUGGUACAUCAAAUGGAGCUGACACAAAUGGCACACCGCCGAGCACCAAUGAGGCUCCUCUUGCAAAAUCAUUGGUGGAUCGUUUGAAAGAUAAUCGGAAGAAAAUUGCGCUUGUGGUGUUGGCCCUGGUUGCAGCUGCGCUGGUGCUGGUCGUGGCGUGGGUUGUAGUGGCGGCUACAGCCGUCUCAAGGGGAAUUGACGGGGGAGACUCCCUAGGCGGGGGGGGUUAUGGCGGCGGAAUGGCGGAAGGGGGCGGAAGGGCGGAAGGCGGGCGACGGUUAUCAGCAGUCAACGGGGAGGAGAUUAAAGAGCGUGCUAAAGAGCUGUACGCGGCAUGGGCGCAGAUCUACGGGCUGGACAACGCCUCGUCGCUGCUUCCCCCGCCCUCCCCGCUCCCCUUUCCGCCCGCCGUUCCCCCCGCGCCCCACCUGGAGGACUGCUCCGCGCGCACUGCCUGGCGCCGCGCCUCAGAGGCGCGCGGACCAGGGGGGGAGCCUCCCCUAUGGGCGCGGGGACGGGGGAGAGGGGGGGAAAGCGCGGAACCUGCGCAUGCGGGUGCGGAGGGGGGAGCGGAAGGGGGAGGGGAGGGGUGUGCGGAGGGGCCGCUCCCGCCAUGGGUGAGGGGUGCUGACGUGGACAACCUGCCGCUGACACGUGUCGCGCAGAGAGACAUCUGGGAGAGCCAGCGAAUAGGAGCGCCGUGUGAGGGGCGGCGCCUGCUGCUGGCCCGCUGGUGGCCGGCUGAACACCAUGGCUUGGGGUCUCAGGUGCAUCUGGCGGGGGCGUAUCUGAGCAUAGCCAUGGCCCACAAUCGCACCUUGGUGCCGUGGCCUGGGCAGUUCGACCGCGCCCUCCUCCCCGCCUGCCAAGACCAAGGCCAGCAGGGGUCAUGGGAGUGUUUCUUCUUCCCAAUUGUCUCGUCAGACUGCACGCAGCGAGCACAGCAGGCCCUGGCGGCGGGUGCCGUGCCUCCAUGCGCCGCUAGGGGCUUCAAUGCAGCAGCGGAGUCAGAUGCCCCUAUCGUGUGUGUGGAGCUGGAACAGCUGGGAGAGCUCUAUAUGGAACAGGGUAGUGAUGCCGCCAGGCUCUGGGGUUCUGCUUAUCUGGACACACCUUCCACUGUGGAGCAUUGGGGGCAGAUUCAAGGCAUGUCGACUAAUGAGAGCAUGGCCCACUGGUGGCGUGCGCAGGCCACGCGCUUCAUGCUGCGCUGGCCCUCCGCCCAUCUCUGCCACGUCAUCAACCAGCAGCGCCACGCCGCCUUCGGCAUGCUCGUGGCCAAUCAGCUCGCAGCGUAUGCCCCGACCCAGCCAGGGGGCAUGGUGAGCGUGCAUGUGCGGCAGACAGACAAGGGCAGGGAGAUGCGACUCUCCUCCUUCCACUCCCACAUGUUCCUCCUGCACAGACUCAAGCGGUCCCAGCCUGAACUUCAAUAUGUGUGGCUCAACACUGAAGCACAGUCAGUAAUUGAUGUCGCGUCUCUCUAUCCCGAUUGGACCUUCUUCUACUCCACCAAUACCCGUCAAAGCGACGUCUCAGCACCACAGCAAGACCAGCAAGGGGAAGAGGCCCUGCGGGCGUAUGAUACUCCUCAGCGCAUCGACCUAGAUUUUAGAACUAUGGCGCGGUUGUUACUCGUAGCGUCACUCGCGGCCCUUCUGACAGUGGCCUCCGCGGCGCCAAGCGUCGUGACUGGACCCAACAACCCCGCAGUGUCCCUCGCGGCGGCGCAGGGCGAGAAUGGAGUAGCAACGGAGGUGCCGAAGGGCAUCGAGGUGGCGGCGGCGGCGGGCAAUCUGAACAAGUUCGAGGGGACGACGAUCGUGAGCCCGAGCACGGACAGCAUGCUGAUGGUGGACGUGAAAGCGGCCGGAUGGAACAAAAUGAAGUGCCACAAGGACCUGGGCAAACCCGGGGACGGCGCGUGCACGCCCGCCAACUGCAGCAAGGGCGGCAUCCCGGCGAAAUGGAAGACGUCGAACCUGCUCAAGAACAAGCUGGGCGUGGAGGUGUACGUGAAGGGAAAUCCACUCACGCUCAAGAAGGCGUCCCCGCAGACGUGCUGCAACACGUGCGCGUCGUUCAAGAGCUGCACGUACUGGCAGUACAUCCCCGAUAUAACCAUCGACGGCAAGAAGACGGACGGCGCGUGCUACCUCGUGCACGACGACAUCGACUACACGUGCGGCGAGCUCACCGCGCAGUACGCGACGGACUCGAAGCCCAUCGCGCUGCAGGGCGUGGGGUUCCUGGACGGCACGCCGCGGUCGUACGAGUCGAGCUCGGUGCUCUCCGUGGACUGCGCGCACACCGAGUACCGCCGCGCCAAGCAGCUCAGCCCCGUCGAGGAGUUCCCCCGGGAGCCGCUUCACUAA